AACUCAGACAUGGAACAGUAAGAACAAAGAGAUAGACUAACACGCCGGAAAAAAAAAAAAAAAAAAAAAAUCUUUAUCGCAGACAUUCGGAGACAGCAAAUUUUCCUCAUCUGUGCUGUAACAAAAAUCGAAAAGCAGAAAUACGUGAUUUUAGUUUUAAUUUACAUUUUGGGAUUAAUAAAAAUAACGCAAUGUGCGUGAACACAUCUACAUAACACAAGAAAACAAGAAUAUUCUAAAAAAAAAAAGGCCAAACGAAAAAAAUGAAUACAUGCAAUGAUGAGACAAUAUAGAUGUUUAGAGUAUGAGAAAACAAUCGGCACUGUACAGUUUUGAAAUUUGUCUUCCUUUCUUUAAUUCUGAUGAUUGACGAUGCAAAUAGUCAGACCCUGGGCCUCUACUACACUAAUGCAUUUCUUUGCCCCCAUGAAAAUAAAUAUCACGAACCAUGCCCAUCGGAAUUCAGAUUUGUAUGCUACAGACGAUACAUUGCUGACACACAUUCCUUUCACACGUAAAUCUAUAUUUUUAAUUAUCUUAAUUUCAAACAACCAAGUAUCACCUGCGAAACAAAAAACAGCCUUUUCCAAUAACAAUGGCCACUUGUAUACUAGCAUUUACCGUAAAGCAACUUUCACUGGUAGCAGCCUCCACUUCCACUAGAUAUGCAAUAUUAAUGACAUCAAUAUACUAACCACUUGAGUCUAUAAUUUCCUCUCCCGUCGGUGUAGGGGAGAGGAAAGCGAGCAUUAUAGAGCUGAGUGGCAGCUGCCUUGGCUCUCCGAUCCACUUGCUCAUUCCCACUGAUACCAACAUGCGCUGGCACCCAACAGUUAUCUUUUUAUGUUCUGAUAUCAGUGCAAGCCAAUCUUGAAUCUCCCUCACCACUGGAUGUGAUGAGUUAAAGUUCUUGGUUGCUUGUAAGGCACUGCGAAAGUCGCAAUAUAUUAUAAUAGGAUGGUUCCGAAGACAUCCAAUGAUUUUGACUGCUGCGAGGGUGGCAUGUAACUCUGCAGAGUCGUGGGAAUGAUGACUGUAACCUAAACAGCAUUUUUGUUAUCUUCCCUAACAGUAGGAUGGUCGCUUAAAGGGUCAAAGGUUAGCAGAAAAUAUCAUGCUACCAAAUCAGAGCUGAUGAGCAUUUAUUCUCUUAGAUCAGAGCCGAAGAUGCUGUGUAGGAUGAGGACGACGUCAUUCAGACCCCCUCUUGCUCCUGGAAACACAAUAUGGCUCAGAAAAGGACAUUUAGGGAUGCUUAGCUUGGCUGACGCAGACUUUCAACCUUGGCUGAAAAGGUUCCAGGCUGAUAAUACCAGAGCGUUCUGCAGUGCAUGCAAGCGUGAUGUUGCUGCUGAGGUGACAGCCAUCAAGCGACACAAAAGGACGAACCUUCAUACUGCAAAUCUAGAAUCGCUAAUGGCAUUGCAUUUGCAACAAUAUUAUUUUGUUUUGUUGCAGAGCACAAUUUGCCUUUUGCAGUAGCUGACGGUCUGAUUGAUGUGAUGAAGGCUAUGUUUGUCGACUCUGCUAUUGUCCAAGGUAUGCGGCUGAAGAGGACAAAAGGCAGUGACACAAUGAAAUAUUUGAAGUAAUGACUGAAGUGCUAGUCAAACAACUAUAGAACUAUAAGUUUUCCAUCUUAAUCGAUUGCAAUAGCAAUUAAAACCAAUUUUGUCUGUCUGGUCAAUUGUAUUUGAGUCAGAAUCUUCUAAGGGGUCGACUGGGAAAAAUAAUGAUGGAGAAUAAUAAUAUAACCAAAUGUUAUUGGUUUUGUGGCAGAUGGAGCUUCAAAUAUAAUGGAAGAGUACAAUUCUGUUUCAAGCAGAUUAUAAGCAGACCUCCCUGCAAUUGUUAUUUUCAGAUGCCACUCUCUCCACCUUUAUGAUUCUGAAGUUGCAAAGAAUCUUCCUCGCAGUUGAGAGGAUUUACUGAGAUCACUAUAUUCCCAUUUCUCUCAGGGCACCGAGAGAAAUAACGAAUUACAGAAGUUUGAGGUGAUCUGUAAACCUCACCCUAUCUCCAUCCCUGUCAGACACGGUGGCUCUUUCUACCUCAGGCAGUCGACCGUACAUUAGAGCUAUGGAACAAAAUAGAUCCUGCACAUUCUGCAAUACAUUUCACCCUUUAUCAAAUUUAUUUAGGUAAUCGUGUUUUUGAGAUGCUUCACACAACGGGUAGUUGCCGCCUUCCAUUUCAGGUGCAAGGUGUUCCUAAUAACACUAUGUC